AUGGCACUAUGUAUAAAUGGGGCAUCCCUUCCUGACCUGCAUGAUGAGAGACGUGCUCGUGGCGACAUUGGGCUCCUUGGACUGCAGCUGGCGGUGGGAAUAGUUGAGGCCGUCCCAGGAGGCGCUCACCAUGUUGACCACGUUAGCGUGGACCACCGUGAAGUAGCCUCUGAACCAAGAUGUCCCGCUCUGCAGCCAAGUCCCAGGCUGACAAGCGGAAUAGGUCGUCUGUUCAAGUGACCCCACCUCCAACGCAGGACGAUAUUAUCCCUGGUCGCUUAACUCAGGCCCAAUGGAUGGACAUGUUGAUGGAGGAUGCAGAUGAGACAGUGGGGGUGAUCAUGGAGGAACUCUUGAGCAAAGUCACGGAAGGUUGUUUAAAAGUGCACAUUGAGAGACAGAUAAUACCUUUCUCCGCAUCCUGGGCCAAGAACUACCUCACACAGAUUCUAGAGCGUCAAAUCCUGUGCCCAAAUGAAGGGGGAGAUCCAAAGGAAGUAUCUAAAACAGAAGACUCGGAGCCUGUGCCAGCAACUUCAGAUGCGUGGCUUCAAGGAUGUGUGCCUGUUGUAAAUGCUACCAUUCGACCUCACCCUCCCUCACAACAGGAGGAUAAUGAUGGUCAGGUCCAAGUACAAACAGAGCCAGGAGUCAACCAGCAAUGUAAUAUUAUGGCCCAAACAAAAAGCUCUCCAAAGCAAUCUGAAAAGGAAACAAGUCCCAGUAUGCCUGUCAGUUACGAGUGCUAUGAAGUGCUUAGUCCUCGCCCUCCACCAAAAAUUCAUCGAAAGAAAAAGCAGUGGGUUAAUUUACCACCAGUUCCCAAGCCAGUUCCAAGCAAAUUACUCCCGCCCCUAUCGUGUUCAGCAGAGAAAAAGGAUCUGGAUGUAGAGGGACACAAUUCUAUACAUUCUCUUUAUAACCACACAACUGAAUCAUUGUAUUAUCGUAAGACCGUCCAACCGAUACAAAAGCUUGAUCCCUCGUGCUUGCCUCGACACUCCAUCUUUCCUCAGUAUGAGAUUGUGGAUAACAACUACACAAAACCUAAAUCCAAGAAACCAAGUGGAUUAUCCAUACUAGAGCCAAGACAUAACAAGCAGCAAACUGAUUGCAUAGUAACCUCACUGAAGCAACUAACCAGCUCCAAGGAUCAGCCAACAACAUUUCGGAGGAGAAAUGAGGCAGAUGUCUGGCUGAAGACAGUGUCCCCCUCUAGACAUAGAAAGGACAGCAUGUUGCCCUCUGGGUCUCUGAGACUGGACACAAUGGUUUGGGCCAAGGGUGUGUCUCUCUCGGAUUCUCAGGAAGUUGAAAUUAACACUCAUAAAUGCAACCCUCCUACAAAGUCUACCAAGCUGAGGCUGAUACGAAGUGAUGUUGCUGUGCCAAUGUUUUCAGUUGAUCAGGUUACCAGAGAUCCACCACCUCAAGUAACCCCUUUGUUUCAGUCCAAGUAAAAUGUAGUGAUAGCAUGACUGUGGCUGUAUUUAGAGCAGAAUUAAAAUAUCCUCCUAAUACAACAAGGCAUUGUGUACCCUGUAGGCUUAAAAAAAAAAAAGACAAAUCAAAUUACAUUUGCAAUUUAGUAAUGUUUUGAGAUACACUGUGCACAUAUCAAAAAUGUACCUGAUUAUACUGAAAACAAUAUAUUCGUUGUUGUUCCUUCAAUAUUAAUUCAAUAGAUAAUUAUUAAAAUAUAUACAAAAUAAAAUCUAUAGAUAAGCGCCCCACAACAUAUAGCAAACAUAUCUCAUAUCCCACCUGAGGAAACGCCUCUUUCACCUCAAUAACUGGGGAGUGAUGGCCUGUGACAGGAACCUUGGGAGAAGGAAGACGUAUGAAGGCACAGCGCAACAAGAAAAGGACCUCCACUGUGCCAUGGAAGCAAAAAGGCAACACAGAAAAGAGAGAACCACCAUCAAAACUGCUCCUCUACCUACGAAUACCUGUGACACGCUUCAUCAGACCCUGUGGAUCCAAGACCCACAAAUAAUCUGUUUCACCAACAGGAUGACAGUCAUAUUCUACUGUGAGUGAUUCAUAUAAGGAUGAUUUUACAAAUAAAUGUUCUGUGCCAUUAUAUAGUAGAUGUAGUCCGUUCAUUACUGUAGGUAUGCCUAAAUGAGAGGUGUUCCUAUUAUUUGGUCUACUCCAUUUAUAUCAAUGAGGGUAGAAUAAAUAACAAAUAACUAAAUCUUAACUAAAUAACCUUCAUGAAGGGACAAUUUAUUGCAGGGCUGCUGUAUCAACCGACUGUAUGCACACUGUUGGAAAAAUAACUAUUUCAGCAGGACUGUGACCUUCCACAUCACAGGAUGUUGAACUGUCAUGGUCUGAAGGUCUUGCUGGGAGGGGGGGCACCAGGGAGUCCAAACACUGGUCAGCAUUCUUCACUGAUAGAGAUUUGAUCAUAAGGCACAUCUAAGAGAGGAGAACUCAUCUCGUAUCUGGAGCCCCUUCCCAAAGAAAAUGGAGAAGAUAAGAAACUGCUUUGGGCCGGUUCGGGCCAAAUCCCCUCCUGUUACUGUCUGUCACACUGUAUAAAUGACAGAGGCUCAGAGAUGGAUCUUUGAGCAGCAACUUGGAAAUAUGACUUGUGCGUGGUUUCAACUCUGCUCCUUCUUGCAAGAAUAAAUUACCUGAAUAAUGAUUUUAC